GGUUCCCCAAGACUGCGCGCGGGGAAGUCCCCGUGGCGCCGGGUACAAGAGCGCGGGCUGCGCGGGCGCGCCCCAGUCCGGCAGCCCCGGCGGCGGAGGCGCAGCGUCCCGGCCAUGUCGCGCGGCCUCCAGCUCCUGCUCCUGAGCUGCGCCUGCAGUCUGGCGCUCGCCACGCGGGAGGUGGCAGCAGCUUGCGGGGAGGAUGUGGAGUUGCCCUGCACCGCCCCAUGGGACGCUCACGUCCCCUACACAGCCUCCUGGGCCAAGCUCAAGGAGGGCAGUGAGCAGAGAGCCGAGGCAGUCCAGGCAGAUCCGCACCUCGGAGGACAGCACACCCGCCAGAAAGGACACAACAGCUCUUUGGACGUUCCCUGGACAAGGCCUUAUUCCCUGAAGAUCCGAAACGCUACCGGCUGCAGCGCGGGGGUGUACAGGUGCACUCUGCAGGAGCUGCCAGGACUGAGGAACCUCAGUGGCACUGUGGUCUUGAAAGUGACAGGCUGCCCCACCGGACGCAAGGAAGUAGAUUUCCAGAAGUAUCGAGCUGAGCUUGUGCUACUGUUGGCCCUGGUCAUGUUUUACCUAACACUCAUCAUUUUCACUUGUAAAUUUGCACGGCUACAGAGCAUUUUUCCAGACUUCUCGAAGCCUGGUGUGGAACCAGCCUUUCUUCUGGUCACCUCCCCCAGUAAGUCUCGAGGACCAGUGACUCUUCAGAAAACAGAAGUCGUGUGAGCAAGAAUUCUGCCAAGUGUUUCUCUGACAUCGAGGGCUCUGAGGCUCGCCCAUCUGCCACUCUAAACCGAGAGAGAAGAAGGAUUCUGCCCUGAAGAUGCCAUCUUUCCUGGGAAGUCCUCCGCACCUGACAGAAUCUGAGUGUGGAUCUUAGUCCACUUCUUGCCUGCAGAGCCAUGAGCACAUCCCACGACCAUGGAGCAUGGGCCACAUCAC